CCGACCAGGCAGGGACAGUGAGCAGCGACCGGUGAAGCCAUCUCAGAGCCAGCACCAAAGCGCAAUUUGAAUCCUAAACCAGGGCACAGGUUACUGUCCAGAUCCAAGAACUCGGUCCCAGGGAUUGAACUCAUAUAGUCAGUCUGGGCAGCAAGCUCCUUUACCUGUUGACCUGUCUUGCUAACCCUGGUGAGAACCAUCACUGUGUAGGGACAAUGUAAAGCCACAGCCUGGAGGUGAUCACCAAAAGAGAAGUAAGGUAAACAGACUGGAACGUCUCACACUUUGGAAAACAGGAGUAGAACAAAGGAUAGGAUCCUCUUUCUUUGGCCAUCGUUUUGGAAACAGAUGAUUUAGGAGGAGAGAAGGAAAGAUCCUGACACAAAGUGUCCUCUGAAUCUUUCUGGGGCUGAGGUUACUGUGAGGAAAAAAUGGCCAGUGAUACACCUGGUUUCUACAUGGACAAACUUAAUAAAUACCGCCAGAAGCAUGGAGUAAUGAUUACGUAUAAAGAACUUUGUAUUACAGGACCUCCACAUGAUAGAAGGUUUACAUUUCAAGUUAUAAUUGACGGGGAAGAAUUUCCAGAAGCCGAAGGUAGAACAAAGCAGGAAGCAAAAAAUGCUGCUGCCCAAUUAGCUGUUGAUAAACUUAACGAAAGCAAGAUGGAUAGUCAUACAGACGCUUCAGAAGGUUCAUUCGCUGGGAAUUACAUAGGCCUUGUCAAUAGUUAUGCUCAGAAGGAAAAGCUGUCUGUAAAUUAUGAACAGUGUGUCUCCAAUACUCAGUCACCCCAAAGAUUUUCUUGUAAAUGCAAAAUUGGACCAAAAACAUAUGGUAUGGGUUCAGGUGCUACCAAACAGGAGGCAAAGCAAUUGGCUGCUAAAGAGGCAUAUCAGAAGCUAUCAGAGAAAAGCUCAAUGAGAGUUGACAGAACAUCCUCUGGUCCUAGCACAUCUUCAUUCAGUGGCCUCUCCAGCAGCUCCUCUAUAGCAAGCAACUUUAUUUCUCUGUCAGUGCCUGGAAGUGAUUUCUCAGAGACUGAAUCAAAGAACCACUGUCACAGUUUUUCUUUCGAAUAUCCUCUUACGAAUGGUCUCAGAGAAAAUAAAAGGAAACCAGGAGUAAAACUGUCACCUAAUGAUGUGCAAAGAAAUAAAUAUACCAUGGACUGCAGGUUUAAUGAGGAUUUUGAAGACAUAGAAGAAAUUGGCUCAGGUGGAUUUGGCCAAGUUUUCAAAGCAAAACACAGAAUUGAUGGAAAGACUUAUGCUAUUAAGCGAGUUAAAUAUAAUUAUAAAAACAAACAUAACACAGAGAAGGAAGUGCGUGAAGUAAAAGCACUGGCACUACUCAGUCAUGUCAAUAUUGUUCAAUACCAUUCUUGUUGGCUGGGACAGGACUAUGAUCCCGAGUACAGCAUGGAUAACGAUGCAAGACGAUCAAAUACCCAGUGCCUUUUUAUUCAAAUGGAAUUCUGUGAUAAAGGAACUCUGGAGCAAUGGAUGACAAAUUGCAAGCAGAGGAAAACAGAAGAUGAUUUGUUUUUGGAAUUAUCUGAACAAAUAACAACAGGGGUGGAUUAUAUACAUUCAAAAGGUUUAAUUCACAGAGACCUUAAGCCAGGUAAUAUAUUUCUAGUAAAUGAAAGACAAAUAAAGAUUGGAGACUUUGGCCUUGUAACAACCCUGGAAAAUGAUGGAAAUCGAACAGAGAAUACGGGAACUCUUCUAUACAUGAGUCCAGAGCAGUUAUCAUUACAGGAAUAUGGAAAAGAAGUGGACUUCUUUGCUCUAGGACUUAUUCUAGCUGAACUUCUUCACAUAUGCUUCACUGUUUCAGAAAAAACCAAGUUUUUCAAAAACCUAAGAAAUGGCAUCUUCCCUGAUGAUAUAUCUGACAGCAAGAAAAGCCUUCUAAUGAAAUUACUCUCGGAGAAGCCCAAGGAACGACCUAAUACUUGUGAGAUUCUGAAGACCUUGGCUGAAUGGAAGAAUAUUCAGAGAUAAAGAAAAGACACACACAUUAGGGCCUUCCUGAAAAAGUGCUCCACUUUGUCUAUGUCGUCUUCCUGUAUUUGCCUAAAAUCUGAGAUGGAGCAUUGGGGGAUAUUGGUGUUU